AGUUUACUUUCCUACUCCAGUUUCUCUCUCUCCUUGGAAAUCGAGAGAAACAACAAAGGCUGAAAUCAAAUCAAAAUCUAAAAAUCCAAACUCCGAAAAAAAAAAAAAUGGAGUCUUAUGAAUCGAAUAUUAACAUUGAAGACACCCAAAUCACCAAUAGCAACACAGAUCACGGCUGGCAAAAAGUCAUCUACCCGAAACGGCAGCGUAAGCAGAAGCCUGUAGAUUCUGCUGCUGCCGUUAACGGCGGUAAAAUCAAUGGAAUCGUCGCCCCUAACGAAAAAUCUAACGUGUUCCGGUCCUUGGAGCAGCAAUCUGAAGAGCGACGCCGAAGACUGUUGGAGUCUCAGAAAGCUGCAAAUGCCGUUGUGAUCGAGGCUCCUGUUAGAUCGAAGCACCGAUCUGACGAGGACGACGAAGAUGAGGAUGAUAGCGAUGAUGCAGCAGGUUCCAAAGGAAAUGAGAAGGUGGAAGAGAAGAAGGUGAAGCAGAAGAAGCCGAAGAAACCGAAGGUGACUGUGGCAGAAGCUGCCGCAAAGAUUGAUGCGGCGGAUCUCGCUGCUUUUCUCGCCGAUAUAUCGGUAUCGUACGAGGGCAAGCAGGACAUACAGCUCAAGAGGUUUGCGGAUUAUUUCGGGAGAGCAUUUUCCGCCGUAAGUUCGUCACAAUUUCCAUGGGUGAAGAUGUUUAGGGAGAACACAGUGGCGAAAAUGACAGAUAUCCCCCUGUCUCACGUUUCUGAUGCUGUUUAUAAAACAUCAGCAGACUGGCUUAACCAACGGUCCAUUGACGCACUUGGUUCAUUUGUAUUAUGGUCUUUAGAUAGCAUCCUUGCAGACUUGGCAAGUCAGCAAACUGGUUCGAAGGCUGCUAAAAAGGGCGUGCAACAAGCAUCGUCAAAAUCCCAGGUUGCCAUAUUUGUGGUCCUAGCCAUGGUGUUGCGACGAAAGCCUGAUGCUUUAGUUAAUGUAUUGCCAACAUUGAGGGAAAGUUCAAAGUAUCAAGGACAAGACAAGCUUCCUGUUGUUGCAUGGAUGAUAGCCCAGGUCUCUCAAGGAGACUUGGCUGUAGGGUUGUACUCAUGGGCACAUAACCUUUUGUCAAUUGUGAGCGGCAAAAGUUCUAAUCCACAGUCGAGGGACAUAAUUUUGCAGUUAGUAGAAAAAAUUUUGUCUUCCCCGAAGGCUCGGACAAUCCUAAUAAGUGGUGCUGUUAGAAAAGGGGAGCGCUUGGUCCCACCUUCUGCACUUGAGAUAUUACUGCAAGUAACCUUUCCUGCAUCUUCAGCUAGAGUAAAGGCCACUGAGAGGUUUGAGGCUGUAUACCCCAUCCUAAGAGAGGUGGCUCUGGCUGGCUCCACUGGAAGCAAAGCAAUGAAACAAGUAUCAUUGCAGAUACUAAGCUUUGCUGUUAAAGCAGCAGGAGAAAGCAAUCCCAACUUAUCUAAGGAAGCUGCUGGCAUUUGUAUCUGGUGUUUGACUCAGAAUCCUGAAUGCUACAAGCAUUGGGAUAAGAUUUACCAGGAGAAUCCACAAGCUAGCAUUGCUAUUCUUAAAAAACUUUCGGAUGAGUGGAAGGAUCUCUCUGUGAAACUGGCUCCUUAUGAGCCUCUGCGGGAAACUCUCAAAAAUUUUAGGCAGAAGAAUGAGAAAGCAAUGGAAAGCGGAGAAGAUGCUUAUCAUGCACUCUUCAAGGAUGCGGACAAGUACUGCAAGUUGAUAUUGGGAAAACUAUCUCGUGGCCAUCGUUGCACAAAAGGUAUAGCCUUUGCUGUCAUUGCAUUGGCUGUUGGUGCUGCUUUCUUCUCCCCCAAUUUGGAGUCAUUGGAUUUGAAGAAGCUGGCUGUAACAGUCAACUCCCAAAUCUCUCAAUUCUCCCAAUUCUCUUUCUGAGUUGGGGGAUGUGCGUUCCUAUGGAUACUGGCGACUCAUGAUGCAAAGCAUCAACUUGUUUUUCGAACGCUAGGUUUCUUCAGUUUUGUACGUUUGAUUCUGACUAAGAGAAAGGGAGAAAUUUUCAGCAUGACAUUUAGUAUCUUGUUUCAUCAGUUUCACAUACAGUAUGAGAAACAUAGGUUAUGACAUUUUCGAUAGAAGCAUGCAGUGUCCAGGGAAAAAAAAAUAAGGGUGAGGAAUACUAUAUUAUAUGUGAAUUAUUUAUAUUUUCCAAGGGUAUCAAGAAUAGUUUGAUUUGAUUUUUUUU